UUGUGUCUCGUGUGGCGUGUAUUCGUACCGUAUUUCAGUGUUAUUUUAUUAUUUUGUGUAGUUAUUUGAUUUAAAAAAUUUACCGCAUAACCAUGAAACAAUACAUUAUUUUGUGUAUUUUAUUUGCCACUAUUUCAAAGAGUCUUGCAAUAUGGUGUUACCAAUGUUCGCCGGCGAAGCCCGGCUGCAAUGAGCCGUUCAACUGGAGGGGUGUGGGGUACCUCGGCACAGCCUGCCCUGAUGAUGGAGAUGUUUGUGUUAAACUUAUUGAAAGGAAAGGAGCGGAAGAAGUUAUAACCCGAGAUUGCUUAAGCAAUUUCAAAGCUGUACGGACAGACAUUCCGGCAGAUACAUAUGAAGGUUGCAGACCAGCUGCCCGAGAUGUGAAUCUGGCCAACUAUGUCAAUAACACUAUUAAGGAAUAUGAUUUGAAAAGGGACAUGUAUGAUGCAACAUGGUGCUUUUGCUUCUUGGAUCACCGCUGCAACGGGGCAUCUCUGUCUUCACUGUCAAUGGCUCUUCUAAUACUUACAUCUGUUGGUGUGUGGAUAUCGAAACUGUAACUCAUAAAUAGGUAUGUGCUGAAUCUCAUUGUACAUUUAGCUUUUAGACUGGCAUUGAGAAAAACUUACAGAAGUUGACUGCUGCAAUUUGAUGCAAUUGCAAUGUCUAUUGCUAGAGUCCAAACCACUCUAUAGGUACAUAAAAAAACCAAUGACAACAGUAAGGACACCUACCUCAGUUGCUUGAAGGAACUUUAAAAGGUUGUCAUUUAAUUGAUUGCUUUUAUACAGGACAGAAAGUUACAGAAAUA